UCUUUGUAAUAAUGUGAUGUUGUGUAUAUUAAAAAAGUGUAAUAAUUGUAGAAAUAACGUUAAACAGUGAUUAUACACAAUAUUACAUUGCUUUUUGUACCUAUUCACCGGCCUUUGUUGAAGCUGAAGUGUCAAGUAACGGACGUUGGAAUUUGGAUUUAAACCGGGCGAGUAUUUUGUAUUUUUAUUUUGUGAGUUUAUAAGACAAUAGUUCUCAUUGUAUUGCAUACGUGAGACGACUUACAUUUUACAAAGCUCAUAGCGCUGUGAGCAACGUCCCAUCACAAUACAUUGGCUACGUGCAAUUUCUCUUUGUUUGACGGAUAUAAGUGGAAACAAAGUUUGAGAUAUACACAAUUGCCACAUACAUUACCUUAUACUAAUACACUACACACAUAAUCUCACACAUUCAUUUCAUUCUAAAUAUAUUUGACAAACAUUUUUAUAUUCAGUGUACCUACUCAGUUGUAUUUAUAUAUUUCAGAAUGGCUUCAAAUGUUCUUACACGUCAAGGCACAACUCGCCACCUGGAAAUGCAACUGAAAGCGACAUUGAAAGAGCUUGAGAUCUCGAGAAAGGACUGUAACAACCUAAUAUGUGAACGAGAUGAAAGUGAAGUGGAAGUGGCAAAAAUAGUUCAAAGAAACUCUGAGCUAAAGAACCAGCUGAAUGUACUACACUCUGAUUACAUGGACAGUGUGAAACAGUGUCAACACCUACAGUGUAUUGUGGACACAUUUGAUAACUGUGUUUUAAACUAUGAAUCCAAUUUAAGGCGUAUCAGUGACCUAGAAAGUGAACUGAAUGAAGCAAAUUUAUUAAUAAGUGAUCUGCGGAGUCAAUGUGAGAUGAAUGAAACUGUACAUACACAGAGCCUUUUUGCUGAAAUGUCAGUUAUGGAUGUGACUAAAGUUGAUUCUUCCCCUUCUUAUUAUUUUGCAAGUAACAAGAAAUUGAGGAAAUAUAUUAAAUUAAAUAAAUUUAUAAGGCGCACUCAGAAACUUAUUAAAUCAAAUAAAAGUGUGCAACUCAAUGUGAAACUUAUAAGGAAACAAAGUGACCUUGUGGAAAAAUUAGAUCGGUGUCAUGGAAAAUUACAGGACAAUAUUGAUUUAUAUGAGACUGAAAAAUUUAGACUUCAGUCCGAAAUAAGUAGAUUGAAAUGGUCACUCAAAACCUUAAGUGAUAAUUACAAUCAUAUUGUAAAAGAAAACCAACAGCAUGUCAACUCUGCCUCAGACCUGGUCGACCUCUGCCAUGAAAAUGAGGAACUGAUACAAGAUCUGAUGAGCAAGUGUUCCUGUCAACCAUCUCCCGAGGUGCAGUGCCGGAGCCCGGGGAGCGCGUUGAGUGAGUCGAGCGCCGCGCCUCUGCUGGCGACCCCCGCUCCGCGUCCCCUGACCCCGGCCGCGCCCCAGCCUGCACGACCUGACCUCAGGAGUCCCCAGAGCCAGGAGACGUCACAGUCAACCGACGCCCCGCGCCGCCCGGGCCCCGCAGCGCCCGCCCCGGCGCCCGCCGCGCCCCUGCCCGCGCGCCCUGACCUGAGCCAGGACACUCCUCCCCCGUCGACAGUCGUCUACUCUGAUGGUAUUGGUGCCGGCCUCGGAUCCAUGUUGAGUGAAUGUCUCCAGCAGAAGCCAGUGGCAACAGCGCCAGCGGCGCCACGAGCGCAGGCGCGAGCGCAGCCUCUCCCGGGGGGCGCCCACAGCAUUUAAACUGACUGCUGAGACAGCGGAGAAGCCCCACGAGAUCAUGUUAGUCCACCAAAACCUACAGGGCUUCUCCAGCAAGGAAUUAGAGGUGGGUCUGUUCUUAGAAUCUCUAUAUGUAGAUAUUAUGUGUAUUACGGAACACUGGCUCAAGGAAUAUGAAUUGUUAUUACUCAACAUUUAUAAUUAUGAUAUAGUUAGCUCGUUCAGUAGAAAGUCGGCCAUUCACGGGGGCUCAUUGAUUAUAGUGAAAAGAAAAUUUAAAUGCAAGGAAAGAAACGACAUAGUCAAACU